AUGCUAGUCACCAAAAAUAAAGCAAAGGCUAAAGUCUUUCUCGAAGCUUUCUUCCCUGAGAUGGCAGAACCAGAAGAUAAAGAUAUCGCAAUACCCUCAGAAAAGAUUCCGUGGCACCUAAUUACUGAACUGGAAAUACACUGGUCACUCAAAGCCGCAAAGGGAACGACAGCCCUGGGAGAAGAUAGAAUUAUCACCCUAUUUGGAGGCCAACCAGGACGGAAUACGGAACAGGCACUCUUAGUACUAGCAAAUGCCAUCGAUCGAGCGUGGCUACAGUCCAAAGUGAUCAUGCUGAUAGCAUUCAACCUCAAAGGGGCAUUCAAUGGAGUGAACAUCUCAAGUCUUGACGCCCGCCUGCAGGCCAAAGGGAUCCCAGUUAUUGCCAGACACUGGAUCCGCAGCUUCAUGGAAAGCCGCUAUGCCAGCAUCUCCUUCGAUGACUUUCAAACAGAGAUCUCCUCUCUCGAACACGCGGGCCUAGCGCAAGGGUCCCCGCUGUCCCCCAUCUUAUUUGGGUUUUUUAACUCCGACCUGGUCGACCAGCCCGUCGACCACCACGGAGGCGCGUCAGCUUUCAUUGAUGACUACUUUCGAUGGCGAGCCGGUCCCUCCGCAGAAGACAAUGUCAGAAAGAUCUAG